UCUGUCAGAGAGGUUGGUUGAAAGAAAUUGGAAUGAGCAAGAACGUAAAGUCCAAUGCUCUGAGUUUAAGACGUCGAAAGACUCUGACACUUCGGAGAGUCGAUCUGAUGCUCAAAAGGAGGAAAGAGUCGAUGAACUCAAGGAUAAAAAUUCGUUGGGUGACUCGAGGGAACGUAGAAAAAUGGAGAAGACGCAAAGUAGUAGUUUGGAAAGUGAAACGCGGUCUUCGGUUACUUCCAACGAAUUUUCCAGCGGUAGCCAUGAAACUUCUGCUCCUGGGACCGAAAAUUCGACCUCGUCGGCGACCAGCGUGGAACAGAAAGAGAACUUCGGCGUGCUUUAUUCGAAGAUCAAGUAUUCCAUCGGCGGAAGUUCGUACGAAGACGUAAAUUCGAUGAAGAAAUUAGACCAUGGUUUAAAUUCGACUGUCAGUUUCCGUCCUGUCGUCGAGAUCUCGAAUCCUGUUACAGAGUCAGCGAUCAACCGACAUGGCUUCUUCCCGGCGCGCGAAAUUUCGAGACCAUCUGAUCCGAAUAGUUCCAUCGAACGUAAAAUGUGCGUUCAGGAGUUGCAACAGACGGAACUACAAAGUUCAAAGAGAUUACUUAAUCAACCGUCUGACAGAACUCACCCGGAAUUAGCUACGGCGGAGAUUCAAGAAAGUACGAUAGUUACCCAUUCAAACGUAGAAUCGAGCAAAACGAUUUCCCCAGUUUCAGCUUCUCCACUGUUCGUCAGACGAUACUACAAAGUCAUGUCCGCGUUCCCGAAUUGCUCGACCAGUCUAAAUGGAAUUUCUCUCUCUAAAAAGGAAGAAGGUCCCUCUGAAACCCAGCAUGAGUCCGUCACGAAUGUAAGAGUAGAUCUCGGAAACUCUGAUAAAGUUCCGAGUUCAGUGAAGACACAGAGAAGACUGACGUUACCUAUAACGAACAUUGAUUUGAAUACGAAAGACGUGGCAAAAUCUCCCACUUACGAAGACAUAUUAUCAGGGACAAGCGUUAAUCCUAUCAGACGAUCCAGUAUCGCGAACGUAGCUAUCUGCUCGAGCUUAGCACCCAGCUUACUAAGCGCAUAUCCAGGUAUCCCGAACUGUUUGUUACCGUCCACGGACGAGAAAGAAGCUGAAGCAUCGAACGUUUUGACGAAUAUCGGCGAUCAGGUAGCCGGAAAGAGUGGAGUGAGUGGACUCAAGCGAAAGUUGCCAUUUCUACGGCUUCAUAUACCUGCGCAGCAGCCAGCCACGAGCUGGGACGAGGCGGAGGAGGAUCUCGGCCAUCAUCAUUCUCAUCACCAUCACCAUCACCAUCAUCAUCACCACGUGUUUCCGCAUUUUCAUGUACCCACGUUCACGUUCACCGCGCCAGCCACCGAUGGUGAAUCUGGACGCAAGUUCAACUUUGGAAUUCGCAGGCAUUCGCAAACGACCUUGCACCGGACUGACUCGAUGGUAUCGCUCUGCUACCGAUCUCUCGCCAGCUAUAUCACAGAUGAUAAUCUCGCUGGUCUCCAAAACUUCCUCGAAAACAAACGAGUACAGAUCGAUGACCGAGACGAGAAUGGUAGCACAGCCAUCAUCCUUGCAGCAACUAAGGGGAAAAUACAUUUUGUGCGAGAGCUCAUCAAUCAUGGAGCGGAUGUUAAUGCAGAAGAUGGGGAUAAUUGGACGGCGUUGCUUUGCGCUGCUAAGGAAGGCUACACGGAUGUGUGCCUUGAAUUACUCGAGCAUGGCGCCGAUUUGGAGCACAGAGAUAUGGGAGGGUGGACAGCACUUAUGUGGGCAACGUACAAGGGUAGGUCGCCGACGGUGACGAUGUUAUUAGCACGAGGAGCCGACGUCAAUGCACAUGGAAAUUUUCAUAUAUCUUCAUUGCUAUGGGCCGCAGGCAGGGGUUACCCUGACAUUGUAAAGGAUCUUAUUGCUCAUGGUGCAAAAGUCAAUGUCGGCGAUAAGUAUGGUACAACAGCAUUGGUGUGGGCGUCACGCAAAGGUCACGUAGAAAUUGUAGAUAAUCUUUUACAAGCUGGUGCUAAUGUUGAUACUGCUGGCAUGUAUUCAUGGACAGCUCUUCUCGUUGCCACUCUUGGAAACCAUGUGGAUGUAGUACUACUUCUUUUGGAGCACAAACCAAAUGUGAAUGCGCUAGAUAAAGAUGGUUGCACUGCCCUGGCAAUAGCCUGUCGAGAAGGACAUCAUGAAAUAGCAAAUGCACUUUUGAACGCUGGUGCUUAUGUAAACAUCCAAGAUAGAGCUGGUGAUACGAAUUUAAUUCAUGCCGUAAAAGGCGGUCAUAGAGGAGUAGUUGAAUCUCUAUUAAAAAAGUAUGCUGAUGUCGACAUAGCCGGCAAGGACAAAAAAACUGCAACCUACAUAGCAGUUGAAAAAGGCAAUAUACCAAUACUGAAGUUAUUAUUAAAUGCUAAUCCAGAUUUAGAAAUUGCAACAAAAGACGGCGACACUCCGUUAUUACGAGCAGUUAGAUCGCGAAACGCCGAAAUUGUCCAAUUGUUACUAGACAAAAAAGCUAAAGUAUCAGCUACUGACAAAAAAGGUGACACGGUAUUACACAUAGCUAUGCGAGCAAGAUCAAAAGCUAUUGUCGAGAUAUUAUUGAGAAAUCCAAAAAAUAGUCAACUACUUUACCGUCCAAACAGGCAAGGAGAGACUCCUUAUAAUAUCGACAUCAAUCAUCCAAAGACAAUUCUUGGACAAAUAUUUGGUGCACGACGUCUCAAUACUAACGAAGAUAAUGAAAAUAUGCUUGGGUACGACCUGUACAGUAGUGCGUUAGCAGAUAUCCUUAGUGAACCAUCACUUUCAACGCCUAUAACUGUUGGCCUUUACGCAAAGUGGGGUUCAGGAAAAUCGUUUUUGUUAAAUAAGUUAAGAGAGGAAAUGAAAAAUUUUGCUCGUCAAUGGAUAGAUCCUGUAUUCCAAUUUUCUUUCUUACUAUUCGUAGUAGUAACUCACGUAUCCUUAUUAGUGGGUAUUACAAUAGGUCUUGCCCUUCAAUCAUGGGUCAUUGGUCUUGCAUGUGGCAUAAGUCUUAUUAUUAUUACAUACACCUUUUUGAUACUUAUUUGGUAUGCUAAUAAAAGAUACGAUUGGUAUUGGCCAUACAGCUUUACAGUAGCUCUAACUACAAAAUUAAAUUCAUUGAAGCUACUAUUGCAAGUAAUUUUUUGCCAUCCUCCUGGUGGUCGGGUUCACGAUGGUGUCACUGUUCAGCCAAUAAAAUUCUAUUUCACUGACCAGACUCGAGUCGGAACAACUGCUGCCGGAGAAAAUGCUGUGGUACAAAUGGUGGGAUCUCUUUAUGACUCCAUUGAGAAUGAUUUUGGUUCUUUAUCUACGCGAUUGUAUAGAGCAUUCAAACCAAAACCGGAUAAAUCGACGACAACGUGGAAGUGGAGACACCUUUGUUGUUUACCAUAUAUCGUUAUAUUCGAAUUCUGCUUUUGCAGUUUACUCGUUGGAAUCUCUGUACUUACGAUCUACCUCAUCGACAUUUCUAGCAGCGAACCAACAAUAGAAAGAGUUACGGCACACAUUAUUAUGAUAACUGUUGCCUUAAUAUUAGCUGUUAGUAUAAUAGCAAACUUAUAUACAUGGAAUCGAACAUUGCAAGCAGUUGUUUUCUCUCAAAGGCGGCAUUUGCAACGCAGCAUUUCUAAGUUAGAGACUUUAAAAAGCGAAGGUUUUAUACAAACGCUAAGAAGCGAAGUCAGUUUAAUGACGGAGAUGGUUAAAUGCCUAGAUAGUUUUAUGGCGCAACAAAGCAGAUUAGUAAUAAUUGUGGAUGGUCUGGAUAGUUGUGAACAAGAUAAAGUGUUAUUAGUUUUGGAUGCUAUACAAGCACUAUUCAGUGAUAAUGGAUAUCCAUUUGUUGUUAUAUUAGCAAUUGAUCCACAUAUUAUUGCCAAGGCAGUGGAAAUCAAUAGUAGGAGAUUAUUUACAGAGUCUAAUAUUGGUGGUCAUGAUUAUUUACGUAAUAUGGUACAUCUUCCAUUUUAUUUACAAAACAGUGGUUUACGGAAAGUAAAAGUUGCUCAACAAACUGCCCAACAUAGUAGAAAAACUGCGUGGACCGAAGCCGAGGAAAGUGUUAAUUACACCGCCACUAGUACGAUGCAUCAUUCUGUUUCUAAUAGAAGACUUAGCACAGAAUCCGGUAUAAUGAACAGCAACGAAAAAUUAAAACCACAAAGUAGGAAAGGCAGUAGAAAAUUACGAUUAAGCGAGUCAAUCGCCAGUAGUAUCGGUAGUAAUUUGAAUCGAUUGGGUGGUGCUCAGGAUCUUAAUAAAAUGCUUCUCACUGACGAUUACUUUAGCGACGUGAAUCCUCGUAGCAUGAGAAGAUUAAUGAACGUCGUUUAUGUCACUGGGAGGUUGUUAAAAGCAUUCCAAAUUGAUUUCAACUGGUAUCAUUUAGCGAGUUGGAUCAAUAUCACCGAACAAUGGCCAUUUAGAACGUCCUGGUUAAUUCUUCAUUAUGAUAUGUAUGAAGAUAGUUUAGAUGAUUCUACGUCGUUAAAAAGUCUUUAUGAUAAAAUACGACCUCAAAUUCCGGUACUUAAAGAAGUUCAGCCUUUGUUAGAAAUGGAUAGAGAUGAACGUAAACUGGAUAUUUUUCUGACAUUUCAUCGUUCCAGUUUACUUGUUAGUGAUAUGAAAAUAUUUUUGCCAUUUACAAUAAAUCUCGAUCCUUAUAUUAAAAAGAAAAUAAAAGAGGAGCAACAGAGUAUGGAAGAAGAGACAGGACUUGGUCCAUAUAAACAAUAUAGUCCUUGGACUAUACACAGUAAUAAUCAUGAACCUUGGAAUGUAAAUAGAAGUAGUUUAACAAGUCGAACAAUGAAACUUGUUAAAACACCAAGUUUACAAGGACAUGUACCGGUACCAUCAACGCCAUCAUGGUUGCAGCCUUGUAUACAGCCGACAUUUGAUUGGCAGACACCACCAUGGGUGCAAAUACCUCCAAUGGAAUCGGCGGUUAAACCACUUUCUGCAACUACAACUUUACCGUCCGACAUUUUGGAGAUAAGACUUUCGUCUUUAACAGUAAACGGAAUUUGCGAUCUUAUUGAUAGGAUCGAAAGUAUAAAUCCCAAUCAAGCACCACAGUACAAACAAGUGAUUAAGGAGAAUAACAUUAAUGGUAGAGUUUUAUUACAUUGUGAAUUACAGGAGCUGAAAAAAGUUCUUAAAAUGGCUUUUGGAGAUUGGGAAUUAUUCCGUAUGGUGAUUGUAUCACUUAGAGAAUUAGAAGUUUCAUCGUUUAGUACGCAUGAAGAAGGCUCACGAAGUGUUCGCUUCACUGUAGGAUCAGAACAAAUUCAACGAAAAGAUCAUGCUUUGCAAAGUACUUCGAUACGCGUACCAACGCAUGUUGAAAAAGAAAAAGGAACAUCAAGAACCGAUGGUCCUUCAAGACGAGAUCAAACGAAACAAUCUAUUAUGGAAAAACAAGUAACUUUAGAAGAACAGAUGAUAUGUGGAGCACUGCAAACUUUAAAUGAAGAAGCAUGCGAAGAUGUAUUAGAUGUACCAUCUUCUACAGUGGUACCAUCAGACUCACUCUCAGGUGAGCCCUCUUCCCUACCACUUUCACUGCCUCUGGUUAUAGUUCAAGAACCACCGCAGCCAGACCAAAAGCGUGACACCGUAUUAGAAUACAGAUCUAUGUCGACGGCUCCUCAAGAUACAGAUUAUGUGAUACUUCAAUCUAAUCCACUUCUGCAUUGGGUACCAGUAAAUGAUGAGCCUGAAACGUCAGAUGACAGCUCAUUUGAAUCCACAGUUCAUCUUCAACGUACAAAUUCGCAACGUAGUAUUACAUCUCAGCUAAGCACUAGAUCAGCAUGUUCGUUCGGACGUAAAGAUUUAAAAAAAAGUGCAGGCAAUUCCACUGGUAGUAGACCGGCAUCGCUCUUUGUGUCUCCUCCGUCUUCUCCCAGACCUGCCUUCAGAUCCAAGUCAACAGAUGAAAAUUAUGUAGCCAAUAAUAUACCUAUGAAAUCAACUAUCUCUACGCCUAUGAAGAAACGCCGCUCAACAUCAACAUUAAACGAUGAAAUAGUUCUAUCAGUCCCUGUUCCAAACUCUAGCCUAGAAAAAUUAAGUAAAUUGAAAGAUCGUUUAAUGGGCACUUUACCUUCUUCGCCAGUUCCAGGAGAAAGCGAGGAUGAAUCUACACCGUUAGUUUCUGAAUUAUCUACCCCAAUUCAUUCACAAUCUGAUAGCGUGUUUAAAUACGACAGUAGUGAGGAAAACAGUAGCUCAAUUUCUUCAAAUAAAAGUUUACCGCGUGAUGGAGAACGAUCCAUUGAUGUUGUUGAUUAUACAGACACGGUUAGUUUAAUGGUGCAUGAGUCUUCGCAUGUGCAAUUUCUAUCACAACAAGACACUGAAGAAUGGGACAACCCUGAAACACCUGUUUGAUACCAUCUACUGAACAAUUGUUAGCAAAUCUCGCUGACAUGCAAUAAUAUAUAUUAAAAAACUUUAAGUAAAAUGGUACUUAAAUCGAAGUUUGUGAUAUAUAUUUUAAAAAGUAGUCAA